AUGCGCAACCCGCCUAGCUUUCAGUACUACUCCGGGUUCCUGAUCAAGAAAUUCGCCACCCUCCAAGCUAAAUACGACAGCAAUCCCGACAGCGAGCAAAAAGCGAAAAUCACAGAAGAGCGCGAGCGGUUUUUCCAGUGGGCUUCAAAGGUCGACCUCUCCGGAAAGCUAACUGAAGUGCCGCUGGAGGAGCGUAUUGAUCUUGAUAGCCAGAUUCUGGAUUUCAAACUCACCCUGGAGAGGGUUGCGGAUAUUGUAUACACAUACUGCGGUGAGCUCCCUGAGCUUGAGUGCAGACUUAGUUCCAAGGUCGCACACUAUCUAAAUGGCGCUGGUGUGAACGAUGGGGUCAAGAUGGAAAGGCGCAUCCAAAAACUGAGCGACGACAUCGACCACCUCUAUGCAGACAAAAUGGCGAUCGAGUUUGAAAAGGUUUGCAAAAGAAUGGUUCAUACAUGCAUUGUUGGGUCGGUGCUGAUCUCCCUGGCCAUGGCAUCAAAUUUAUCCCCAGCUGAAAAUGACUCUAGCGUCCGGCCAACCCACCCACUUGACACUCCCGAACGUUCAGCCGGGACAAUGUUCGAUGCUUGCCUGGUGCUUGAAGACAACAAAGUUCCCUAUGUGAUUUGGUUUGAGCAUGCGCUUUCCUACCAUGGAGUACGCACAGUGGUGUUUGAUUUAUACAUUCUAGUCUCAGACAUCAACAUGGCUGCGCAAUCCCUCGCCCAGGCUGGUUGGACAAUUGAUACACAAUCCCCUCAUCGAAUUGGAAAUGACAAAGUGCAAGCUCCCCAAGUGCGGCUGAUACCACCAAACAAAGACAGAGAAAUGAAAACUGUCCUCCUGAAUGCAUCGGACUGGAAGUUUCCCCUCACAGCUGAUACCCUCCUCGAGCGCGCCUUGACAAGAGAAGUACCAGACCGCGAAUUAUCAUUCCCACCAUUACCUGGCUUGCUCGAUGCCCUGGUCGAAAGCUGGUUCGAUAAUCCUGAUGAACAAAACGACGGAUUACAGCUGCACUUGGCUGUUCAGUUUGGCUACCUUUAUGAGUAUGUGCCAGCCCUUAAAGAGCGGUCUUUUGCCGAGCAAAUGAAAUAUGAACACCGCCAGUUCCACUUUGAUGUGCUCUCUGGGAUGCAGUUCGGCACAAUUCCAUUCAAGAACCACGAGCUUCCCAUUCGGGAUGCGCUGAGGCAGGGGACAUAUCAAAUGCGAGACUGUUCAGCGUCUCGCGAGGAGAAUAUACGGCUGUUUGACGCUUUUGCAGGGAUCUGUAUACCGGACCCACCGGUAGACCAAUCUAUAGAAUAUCAGUAG